AACAAGUGCCGCCCAAGAGCCGUUGCAAAGAGGAAGAAAAGGCCGUUGAAAACAGACGCUCUCUCCAAUUCUGGAUUUGCCAUUAAAGUAUAGAAGCAUCCGCCAUUUGUCCAUAGUCAAUACAAAUCUGUAGAAUUACAGUAGGAUUAAUCGGCAGUCGAGGGUUCCUGUAGAAUUUUGUGGUCGACUGAAUUGAACCAAACGGAAUACAGAAUGGAAAAGUACGAGAAAUUGGAGAAGGUUGGAGAAGGGACAUAUGGGAAGGUAUACAAGGCUAAGGACAAGGCGACCGGGCAGCUUGUUGCCCUGAAAAAAACCCGUCUCGAGAUGGAUGAGGAGGGCGUUCCCCCUACCGCCCUCCGCGAGGUCUCUCUCCUUCAGAUGCUCUCUCAUUCUCUCUAUGUGGUGCGCCUUCUCUGUGUCGAGCACGUUGAUAAGAAUGGCAAACCUGUUCUCUAUCUCGUGUUCGAGUAUCUUGAUACUGAUCUGAAGAAGUUUAUUGACACUUUCCGUAAAGGCCCUAACCCUGGGCCAAUGCCGCCCACUCUCAUCCAGAGUUUCCUUUACCAGCUUUGCAAGGGGGUAGCGCACUGCCACAGUCACGGUGUCCUCCAUCGGGAUCUCAAACCCCAGAAUCUACUUGUUGAUAAGGAAAAAGGGAUCCUCAAGAUUGCGGAUCUUGGGCUAGGGAGGGCUUUUACUGUUCCCCUCAAGAGUUACACCCACGAGAUAGUUACUCUCUGGUACAGAGCACCUGAGGUUCUUCUGGGAUCCACUCAUUACUCUACGGCUGUUGAUAUGUGGUCUGUUGGCUGUAUUUUUGCUGAGAUGGCAAGAAGACAAGCUUUAUUUCCUGGUGAUUCUGAGUUCCAGCAACUGCUUCACAUAUUCAGGUUGCUGGGAACACCAACAGAGAAACAAUGGCCAGGAGUUAGUUCAUUGAGGGAUUGGCAUGUGUAUCCACAAUGGGAACCUCAGAACUUGGCUCGUUCUGUUCCAUCACUGGGACCUGAUGGAGUUGACCUUCUAUAUAAAAUGCUUAAAUAUGAUCCAGCUGACAGAAUUUCUGCUAAAGCUGCUAUGGACCAUCCUUACUUCGAUGGCUUGGAUAAAUCUCAAUACUGAAGUCAAUUACCUUAGAUGUUUAACAAAGGACUAAGCCACCAUAGUUGAAGGAUGUGUCAUCAUCUUGGUGAUUUGAUCUUUAUCGUGUAAACAUUUUCGACUUUUACAUUGCGUUUAUCUCAUCAACAAUGAAUGGAGUACUCUUGGAGAAUUUAUUUUA